AUGGCUCUCAGGAUCUCUUCCAUGGUUGACCUUCUCUUCCGAUCAGACGUGCUCUAUUCCAACUCUGUAUACCCACUGAUAGCGAAGACUCAGUCUGCCCACAUUCUCCACCAUAUGUGGGAGCCCGGCCUUGCAAGAGGAGAACAGAGUGAAGAACUGAUUGCAAGUCUGUGCCAGGAGAUGGCGCUGUUGACUAACAAACUGAGCUCAUCUAAACAAAACAGCGUCAGCUUGAGUGUUAAAUUGGAGUUGCUCAAGAACCUCACUGAAAGACAUGCGUCGUUGCACCAGUGUCAGAUCGGUGAGCUUGAAUCAGAUAUCACCAGCUAUAAAGAUAAGGUUUGCUGUCUGGAGCAGCAGCUCCUGCAGGUUCAGUCUCAACUGGCUGAUGCACAAAGAGAGAAAGAGUGAUCCUUGCAUCAGAGGGAGGAGCUUCAGUUCCAGCUCAGCCACCUUAAGAGACCAUUCUGCCUGUCUUACAUGUACAGCAGCGUACAGAUGAAAGUGCAGCACAGUCACACCAUCAACAAUCUUCACCAGGAGAACAACCUCCUGAGCAACCAGCUAAACCAGCACAAGCUAGAGAUUCAGCAGCUCAGGGCUGAGUUAGACCAGCACAAGUCAGACCUGGCCACUGCAGAGCACGAGAGGCGGAACCUUCAGGCGUCUGUGGCUGAACAAGGUCAGCGUGUCCGGGGGGAAACUCUGGAGAAAAUUUGUGCAAAAUCGUGUCUGUCUCCCUGUGGAUUUAAUGCAUGUGUUUGUGUGGGCACGAUUUCAGAAGAGCAUGAGGAGCUGCAGCAGCUCCACAGCUGUAGGAGCAACAAGCGGGAGGGUGUGGUGCUGAGGCUCCGGAGUCAGCUGAGGGACACUCAUGAUGAGCUGGACCAGGUCAGGAUUACCCUGAGGACCCUGGAAGGAGCCGACGGACACGGCCUUCGAGUAGCACUGCACAUGCAGAAGGAGAUCACUGCCAGAAGAGAGCAGGUGGACUCUCUGCAGAGCAAAAUCCAACAUUUGGAGGAGACUGUGGAGAAGCUGCACCAGGAGAAGCGUCACCAGAGCCUGGAGAACCAGCGUCAGCUCGGGCAGCUCGCCUUCGUCAGGGAAGAGAAGAAGCUGCUUUCCAGGGAGCUGGAGGCCCUUGGGUCCAAAGACCAACAAUUAAGGGACCGGAUCGGCCAGCUGGAGGCAAUCCUUCACAAGAUGUCGGAGAGCUUUGCAGACUGUCAAGAUUUCAUCCAGCUGCAGGAGCAGCAGUUUUAUCGGCUGAAACUCGGACAUGCCCUUGACCUGAAGGAACUCCAAGGUCUAAAUCUGCACAGCACUCUGAAUCCAACUCCACCAGACCCGGAUUCCCCGAAUCCAUCAGAACUCCGCGCUCCACCCUCAUCCCAGCACGCCUCCAACGCUCAGAUCAAGGCGAGCCCCGCCCGGCAGCUCAGGUCUCUCGUCAAAGAGCUGCGAGGAGUGAUUUCGGAGAACCACAGACCACACACCGAUAACAGCCCCGCGGGCAGGAGCUUCCACAGGAGGAGGUCUGCACCGGAGAGAGAGCACAGGACCACAUUCAGUACUGACGAGGCUGAAGAGGUAAAAGCCGACUCCCGGUUAAGAAGAGAAACCUGCAGCAGAGAGCCUCACUUCCUGCCCAAAGCUGAGCUGAAUGGAAAGAUGAUCAACAAGGAUUCCUUCAGGGAGAAGAUAACGGCUCAUCCCAGCCGCCUUGAAUUGAGUCCAGCGACUGCAGUGAGGUUCACAUCCCUGCAACAGCUCCUCUCGCUGGGCCGCAGGUCACCAGUCCACUCCCUCCUGACCUCUGACCCACACAGCUGA